UGAAAUGGCUGCUUCUGUAAGUAAUGAUAUGGGAUGGGUUUGUAGUUGCAUUAUUUCUUAUGGUUUCUUAGCCUUUCUGUGUUUUUUCUGCAAUGUUGGAGGGAGCACUGACAGUCUCAGGCCCGGCGAAUCUGUUACUCAAAACCGGACCUUAGUCUCCGCCGGCGGGAACUUCGCCUUAGGAUUCUUCCACCCCGGAAACUCUUCUUCUUCCUUUCUCGGGAUUUGGUAUAAUUCCAUCAACAAUACUGUGAUCUGGGUGGCUAACAGAGAAUCUCCCCUGCGUCAAGAUUCUGAAGCCAUUUUCACACUGGGGUAUGAUGGGAAUUUGCAGCUUUUGGACGGCGGCGGAAGAAAUAUUAUAUGGUCAACCAAUAUCUCAGGCGGCGGCGGAGGAUCCACGGCCGCCCAACUGCAAGAUACGGGAGAUCUUGUUGUGAAGCAGGGUGAGAACACCGUUUGGGAAAGCUUUGAUGGCGACAGCGAUACAUUAAUGCCGGAGAUGAGGCUAAAGGUAAACAAGAAAACCGGAAAACGGAACGUGAUAAGAUGUUGGAGUAGCAGUGAUGAUCCCCGGCCAGGGAAAUUCUCCUGGGGAAUGGAUCCUAAAGGAUCUCCCCAGUUUUUGAUUUGGAAAGAAGAUAAACCUUAUUAUAGGAGCAAUUUGUAUCAGGAAGGGUUUACUUACAGUAUUUACUUUCCCUCAGGUGGAUAUGCUUUACGUUAUUCUUUUGCUAAUGAAAAUGAUGAAGAAUAUUUCAGCUAUGGAUAUGUUGACACCUCAAUUCACGCAAGGGUCAUCUUGACUCCUGACGGUCAUUUGCAGUUUCUGUCGAAGAAAAAAACAAGUGAAAAUUGGCAGAUGGUAUGGCAAACGCCAACCAAUGAGUGUGAAUUGUAUGCACGCUGUGGUUCAUUUGGAAGCUGUGAGAUCCACGAUUCGCACCCGGUUUGCAGUUGCUUGAAUGGGUUUAAACCAAGAUCACAGAGAGAUUGGGAUAAUGGGAAGUAUGAUGGAGGGUGUGAGAGGAGAGUAGCCUUGGGGUGUGGAGAAGGAGAAGAUGAUAAGUUCAUGAGGUUGCCUUUGAGGAAAUGGCCUGACCAUUCAUCUUCACUGGGAAAUAUGACAUUUCUGGAAUGUGAAAUGGAGUGUUCUAACAACUGCUCUUGCACCGCUUUUGCGUACUCAAAUAUCACUUAUGAUUCUGCAGUGUAUUGUAUAAACUGGUUUGGCGACUUAGUCGAUUUGGCACAUAACUAUUCUCCUGCAGGUGACUUCGGCCAAGAUCUAUAUGUUCGUGUUCAUGCAUCUGAGCUAAUAAAUGGAAGCACUGGAAAUGAACAUUCAUCACCUCACAAAAACAAACGUCGUCUUGUUGCAAUAAUAGUAGCUUCAGUCUCUGCAUUCUUUCUUACUGUUUUGGUGUAUAUCCUCAACCGAAAAUACUUUACAGGGAAAGGUCCUACAAUGUCAUCAACUGCACCCCUUCUUGGUGGUAAAGAUGACAUAGACUUGUUGCAGCUUAGCUUGCGGGGAAUAAUUGAUGCUACAAACAAUUUUGAUGAAGCAAACAAACUUGGAGAGGGCGGUUUUGGCCCAGUCUAUAAGGGGUUUAUAUCAGAAUUUGGGAUGGUAGCCAUCAAAAGACUAUCCAAGCAAUCAUCUCAAGGUCAGCAGGAGUUCAUGAAUGAACUGAAGCUAAUUGCAAAACUUCAGCAUACAAAUCUUGUGCGCCUAUUGGGUUGCUGCAUUGAGAAUGAAGAAAAGAUAUUAAUCUAUGAGUACCUGUCCAAGAGAAGUCUAGACAAAUUCUUAUUUGAUGCAUUUCAAAAAGAUAAUUUAGAUUGGAAUACGCGCAUUCAAAUAAUAGAUGGAGUUGCUCAAGGCAUUCUUUAUCUUCACAAGUACUCUAGACUGAAAGUCAUUCAUCGGGACUUAAAAGCAAGUAAUAUUUUACUUGACGAAGCAAUGAAACCCAAAAUAUCAGAUUUUGGAAUGGCAAGAAUUUUUUAUAUUGAUCAAACUCAGGCAAAAACAAAUCAUGUGGUUGGAACAUAUGGUUACAUUCCGCCGGAAUAUGUAUUACAUGGUCAGUUUUCUGAGAAAUCCGAUGUAUUCAGUUUUGGAGUGUUGCUAUUGGAAAUUGUUAGUGGCCAGAAGAAUUCUAAUUUUUUUCGGACUCAACUUUCUUUAACUCUCCUAGGAUGGGCAUGGGAAAACUGGAAAAAUGGACGACCACUUGAAUUUGUUGAUUUAGCGAUAAAGGAAUCAUGCGACUCUCUCAAGGUCAUAAAGUGCAUCGAGGUAGGACUUCUAUGUGUUCAAGCAAUUCCAACGGAUAGACCAAUAAUGUUUGAUGUAGUUCGAAUGUUGAGCAAUGACCUUGCAACACCAAUUCAACAACUCAAAGAACCUGCAUUUGUUUCUAGCAAAUCUAAUUCCAUUGUUUGUACUUCUCAUCUUAAUUCUAAAAAUGAGAUUACAAUAAGUACUCUCGAUCCUCGAUAAAGGAUCUGUCAUUUUGUGUAAA